UCUUAGUCUUAGCCAAGAGUAAGAUUACGAAUUCUAAUUCAUUUUCUGAAAUUCUGAAGGGAGAGUAUUAUUAUUAAGUACUAACAAUGUCCAUGUACCCAGCAGUAGAUCAAGCAGAGACAUAUGCAAUUCAAGGCCAUAAUCCUGGUGGUUAUGUCAUACCAGCGCCGGCAGUUCCAAACUAUGGUACAUCACAUCCUUAUGCUGCUCCAUACCUCACCGGCGGCAUCAGAGGACCUCUCCGGUUGCAGCGUUGGUCCACCGGUCUCUGCCGUUGUUUUGAUGAUCCUGCAAACUGUGUGGUCACUUGCUUCUGCCCUUGUAUUACUUUUGGACAAAUAGCAGAGAUAGUAAGUAAAGGAACUUCAACGUGCACAUGUGAGGGAGCUAUUUAUGGGGCAUUGGCUCUUAUUGGGUUUCCAUGCUUGUAUUCAUGCUUUUACCGCUCAAAGAUGAGGGCACAAUAUGAGUUGCCAGAGGCACCUUGUAUGGACUGCUUAGUUCAUUUCUGUUGUGAAACUUGUGCUCUCUGUCAAGAAUAUAGAGAGCUUAAAAACCGUGGAAUUGACUUGAGCAUAGCUCCAUCGUCGGGGGACAUACCGCCGCACCCAAUAGUGACAGUCAAUCUUCUAUUGCAGGAGCUACCGUGCCUAGCACUGAAAUCGACAUCCAAAACACGCAUGAUGGGAGCUCCUUCGCAGCGUUACUGCACUGCACGACCUGAUGCCAACCUUGAACGGACGUCCGCCAACGUCCUUCCCUACUCUUGGUGCAUAGAAUGAGCAGCGCUAUAAAAGUUGUUUGCAGCCGAUUCCAAGGGUGGGAAGCCAAUGCUGCAAGACAAGGAAUUACAGUACCUCCAUCAGUUUCACCAACCAUGACAAGAUGAAAUUGAAAAAUGAAAUCUAUUAGGAUCGGAGUUUUAUUUUAAUAUUUUUAGCUACCACCAUUGAGCACGCAUAUAGUUGAUGGUGUUUUCAACUGCUGGCUCUAUCUAUACUAAAUACUUUUGCAGCUUGGUUAGUUUGAGCUUGUGCACUUUUGGUUAUCAAAAUUCAAAAGCAAAAAGGAGAUAAUUUGAGUUUUAAAUUAAAUUUUAGGAUAAGUUACCAAAAUAAAUAAAUUGUAUACGAAAAUGUAAUUUUUUAGUAAACUGCGAAAGAGGUUUUACGGUUUUAAAAUAAAUAUAAACCGCUGAUGGAUUUAGCGGGUUACGUUGAUGAGUAAAUUGGCCAAAAAUUUGCGGUAGGAAUCUCGCAAUUUCUGUGUAUAAUGAAAACGUCCAUAAAUUGCGACAGGACAAAUAUUUUUACGUAAUAGUUUCAAGAUCCAAUUCAUCAAAACCAGAACAACACAAAUGCUUCGAGUUCUUUUGCCACUGAACCACAUGUUUCACCCAAUAGCAACCAUAAAUGGAUCAAACAUCUCUAACGGCAGCCGUUCCUCCACUUCAGUCUCAGCCUCAGCCGUAAUUUCAACAACCCAUAGUUAUUCCGAAGAUAUUACUUUUAAAUAUUACUGUCAUUAUAGAGAGAAAGGUUAUUCUCAGAAUAUUACUACUGGAAUUUGGCUCACCACAACUCAGGGACGUCCUUAACUACUCCAUUCAGAUAGGAGAAUAUUAUUAAAAUGUGUGUUUGUGUUUUAUAUAAAAAAAUAUUUAGU